AUGUCUACUCCAAAGGAGCCAUGUUGGUUCCACUGCCUCUUCGAAGUCAUGGACAACCAUCAUUCUUGCUCUGGCUCACUCCAAUGUCAUCGACGAUUACACUCUACCGUUGAAUUGCUCAAUAACGGCGACAAGCCUGACGAUGCUUCUCCUAUUAUUCACAUGCUCCGCGUUGCCGGAAACAAUGGUUACGUUUCUUUGUGCAUGCAGCUUAAUGGCUACGUCAUAGAACAUGGGCUUGUCUCAGAUACGCACCUUUCCAAUUCGCUGAUGAGAUUUUACAAAACAAGCAACUCACUGGAAGAUUUUACAAAACAAGCAACUGUUUGA